CGCAUAUAUGUGACACAAUUUCUGUCGCAGACAGGGAUGAUAUAGUAGUUCUGGUGAACCGGAGUGCCUUCAGGUAUGAGGGGAUGUUGAACACCCUGCUGCUGCGUCGAUCAAGGUCACGCUCUUUCCUCUUGAUAACUGCACUGGUCAUUUGUAUCCUGACCGUCACAUUAAUUGUCCGCACACAGAUGAGGCAAAAAUCUGUUUUGAGGGACUUUAGGAAUGACCAACAGUUGAAGGAGUUUCAGCGUGUGGUCAGCACUUGGCCCAAUGGAAAGCCGAAAGCAGUCAUAUAUUUUUUGACUUACGAGGCGAGUUUUUGGAGAAUGAAAGUCGCCGUUCGUCAUCUUGAUACGUAUUUUAAUCAAAAUUUUCAAUACCCUGUGGUUGUUUUCUAUGAAGGAAACGUCACUGAUAGAGAUUUGACUGAUUUAACAGAUAUUUCUACAUCAAGAAUAUUCUUCCAAAAAAUCCACUUCAACCAGCCCUACUACUUGAAUGUGUCAGUAGAGGAAGCCGUCAAGGACAUCACGUGUCCAAAACCUGAUCGGUCCCGUUUCCCUGGUUACAAUCACAUGAGCAGAUUCCAUGCUCGUCUGGUUGCCCAGCAACCGAUUCUCGCCAACAUCACGUGGUACUUCAGACUUGAUGAUGAUUCGCUACUUCAGGAUUACAUCACAUAUGAUAUAUUCAGGUUUAUGCAGGAUAACCAUUACACCUACGGAUAUAACCUUGUCUUCUUUGACAAUCCGCUCUGCCUCACUUACCUCAAGGAAAAUAUUACACACUAUUUAAAAGUGAAUUCAAUUGAACCCAAAGAGUACAGUGAUUGGCCAGAUGGUGGGAUAUUUUACAACAACUUUGAAGUAUCGAGGUUUGACUUUUGGCGAAGACCCGACGUUGUGCGUUUUUUGAAAUUCAUAGACGAAAGUGGUGGAAUUUAUCAUUAUAGGUGGGGUGAUGCGCCUAUUAAGAGUGCAGCUGUACUGAUUUUCCUUCCGCGACAACAAUUGUAUCACUUUCGAAAAAUUAAGUAUUAUCACGGGCCCUGGUAUCCCGGGUUUGGAGAAACAAUCACGUUAUUUGAAGCAAUUAAAUGGAUAUCGGUGGGGUCACUGAGCACGUGUCUCGUUUUAGUCAUUUUGCUAUGUUGUUACCUCUAUUUAAGAAUUAGAAAUAAAAUAAUUUCUUAG